CUUGACUGCCGAUGGAUAGAUGAAAAUUUUCACAUCGAUUUUCAUCGCCGACCUAAACGGACACAAUUGGAAUCUUCUCCUCACAUCGAAAAUUGAACGGGUAGCGAGUGUUUUUUCUUGGAGCAGAAUAUCGUAAAAUGCGUGAAAUUGUUCACAUUCAAGCCGGCCAAUGUGGUAAUCAAAUAGGAGCCAAGUUCUGGGAAGUUAUUUCCGAUGAACACGGAAUAGAUGCCACCGGUGCCUAUUGCGGAGACAGCGAUCUGCAACUAGAACGUAUCAACGUGUACUACAACGAAGCUACUGGUGGCAAGUAUGUUCCACGUGCUGUGCUGGUCGAUCUAGAACCAGGAACUAUGGACUCGGUGAGGGCUGGUCCUUUUGGCCAGCUAUUCCGACCGGACAAUUUCGUGUUUGGUCAAUCCGGAGCCGGAAACAAUUGGGCAAAGGGUCACUACACGGAAGGUGCUGAGCUGGUAGAUUCCGUUUUGGACGUGGUCCGCAAAGAGUCUGAAGGUUGCGAUUGUCUCCAAGGUUUCCAGCUCACACACUCACUCGGUGGUGGAACUGGUUCAGGUAUGGGAACACUUUUGAUUUCAAAAAUUCGCGAAGAGUAUCCAGAUCGCAUUAUGAAUACAUUCUCGGUCGUUCCAUCACCAAAGGUUUCCGAUACAGUUGUAGAACCAUAUAACGCUACGCUUAGCGUGCACCAGCUGGUGGAAAACACAGACGAGUCUUACUGCAUAGAUAACGAAGCGUUAUACGAUAUCUGUUUUCGAACACUAAAGCUCACGACCCCAACCUACGGGGAUUUAAACCAUUUGGUGUCAGCCACGAUGUCUGGCGUUACCACCUGUUUGCGCUUUCCCGGUCAAUUAAAUGCGGAUCUGCGCAAGUUGGCUGUGAAUAUGGUUCCAUUUCCUCGAUUGCAUUUCUUUAUGACUGGUUUUGCGCCACUAACAUCCCGCGGGUCGCAACAAUAUCGCGCUCUAACCGUACCAGAGCUAACUCAACAAAUGUUCGAUGCCAAGAACAUGAUGGCCGCAUGUGAUCCACGGCACGGACGUUAUCUGACCGUUGCGGCAAUAUUCCGCGGGCGUAUGUCGAUGAAGGAAGUCGACGAGCAAAUGCUUAACGUUCAAAGCAAAAACAGCAGUUAUUUUGUGGAAUGGAUACCUAACAAUGUUAAAACAGCCGUAUGUGACAUCCCGCCACGGGGUCUGAAGAUGUCCUCUACGUUUAUCGGCAACUCGACCGCGAUUCAGGAGAUUUUCAAACGAAUCGCAGAGCAGUUCACUGCUAUGUUCCGGAGGAAGGCCUUCCUGCACUGGUACACUGGCGAAGGAAUGGACGAGAUGGAAUUUACGGAAGCGGAAAGCAACAUGAACGAUUUGGUCUCCGAGUACCAGCAGUAUCAGGAAGCGACCGCCGACGAAGAAGGAGAAUUUGACGAAGAAGAAGAGGGUGGCGAUGAGUAAAAUAACUGAAAUUGUUCGUUAGUUUUGUAAUGUUAGUGGCAAAUAAUCGUAUUGUUAUGCGCUUGAAUAGAAUUUGGUUUUCUUCAAAGUA